CCCGAAUGACGGACGCACACUGGGUGUUUGCAGCGCUCGGGUAGUCGGUAUCGUAGUCAUUUAAGUUCCAAGAUAGGAGUUUAUGUGACCUGUUUUACGAUUAUUUACGAUACGUUCUGCCUUAAAAACGAUGAUUAAUGUAUAGUGCUCUUCUUAACAUCAGAUACUGCCUCCCAGGGUGAAACAUGUCAUGCAUGACAAGAAUGAGUUUUCUGCUGAGGCGUCAUGCCGCAAGGAACUUUUCAGGCCAAAGUGGUGUCAGCAGGAAGCAUCAAAAGCCCGGUGAUCAGAGACGAAGGGGCACUAAAGACAUGAAUGGACAGCUGCCACUUAAAAGUCAACGACACAUGGGUGAAGCAGAUCAGUUUAUCCCAGACGACGAAGAGGUCAGCUUUUUUCUUCCAGACAAGAUGGCAGGUGCAGUUCAGAGAGAGUACCGGCGGGUGCGAGCACACAUGAACUGGAACGAGGCGCGCCGCGCCGUGGAGCGCGGCCCACAGGAGCCAAACCUGCUGACCGCCGCACAGAAGCUGGAGCUGCGGCGGCUGGCGGCCGACGACCCAGCGCACUGGAGGCCGCAGAGGCUGGCUGCCGCUUUCAAUCUGUCGUCCAGCGCGGUCAUAAAGCUGCUGAAGAGCCACUGGCAGCCGACCACGCCGGAAGAAGUCGAGAAACAUGACCGAAGGGUGGCGGCCCGACGGAGGGCACUCGGCCUGCCUGUGUACUCUGCCGACCGGCCGGCGGCCACGCCCGCCACACCGAACCCGGUCGCUCGACGCCGCGGCCCCAUGACCGCACUGCUCAGCCAGUUCUCCAGGCCGUCCGUCCCAGACGUGCACUCGGCAGACCGAGAGCGCCAGAACGUCGUCAGCGCCGUGUACCAGCGCAAGGAGGUGCUGCAGUUUCCCGUAUCGGAUACUGUGGGCGAGGACGACAGCGAGAUGAGACGGCUGGACGCGCAGAUAGACCUGCCAAAGACCCACAUGACGCUGGACGAGCUGAAGCGGAUGGAGAAGAGCAUGGAGCGCAAGAGCAAGCUGAGGAUCACCUCCAGGAGACCUGGGUCAGCGGUGAAGUGCUGACGUCGGUGAAGCGACUCGGCAGCUGCACGCCUCAACUCAGCUUCACAGGCAUCCUGAAAAAAACGCCUAUGAAAAACUGACGAAGAAGGAGAGCACCAUGUGCUCGUGUCGUUGUGUGUUACUCAUCUGCACUGACCUUCGUUGAAGUCCCAUUAUGGAUGUGUGCGUGGCAGCCAACUGCAGCUGGCCAAUUCCGGCGCCACAGCCGCGGUUGUCUGUGCUCAGUGGGCCUCUAGCUGCACCGAGUUCAUGAGAGGUGCUAUCCGCACCGGCGUCCGAGAGGCGGCAAACUCGCGGUCCAGUGCAGCACGCACUAGAUGCGGGGACGCGAGUUUGCACAAUCGGGCGUGUCCUUAUCGAGUUUCUGAUAUGCCGCAUGGCACGUGCAAAACUAUCCGCCUCCACGACCAAAGGCAAAAAUAAACGGUCAAGGUUAA